CGUCUCUUUAGUUAAUAGCUGUGGUUAAUAGUUAACAUAAAAAACAUCAACAUUUUUCUUAAAAAUUUAUAAUUCAAAUCCACUGAUUCAACAACGAUUUUUUACCUGUUUUUACUUAUAGAAUGGAUAAAAGCAGGGGCAGAGACCAUAUAAAGAACAAAGCAAAAUACAAAGGCAAUACAAAAAAGAACCCGAAAUAUGUUCCAUCUAAAUCUAAACCUAAUUUAGAGUCAAACUGGGAUCGCUAUGAUGAAGAGGAAGAGACUAAACAAAAUAAAACUGAUCUUAACUUAGAAUCAAAUUGGGCACGCUAUGAGGAGAAACAGCCUAUACACGACCCCCAUUUAACCAGUAGCACAGAUUUCUCAUUGCUGGCUAGUUUGCCCAUAUCGGCCGGCAGUCAUUUUCAAUAUAAAUUCGAUGAAAACGAUAAAAAACUCGAGGGCAUAUUCUGUUUGGACGUGGAUCUAUUGCAUAAAAGUAUUUUAACUGUGCCGCUGUAUGAAAGAAUAGGUAUAUCAAAACAGUAUUUUGAGGAUGAGGAGGUUAAAUCUAUGGAUGCUGAUGCCGAUCAAAGUUUAGUAUGUUAUAAAGAAUAUAUUGAUAGUAUAAGUACAUCAGAGGAGCAAACCAAUUGUUCAAAUAAAGAAAAAGUGCCCGAAGUAGAUAAAAAUGAGGUUAAGAGAAUAGAUGUUCAACAAAAAGCUGCCAAUGAUUUUCAGGAAAACAAUGAAGAUUUGGAACAGUGGUUAGAUGAUAUUUUAGAUGAUUAAAGUAUUGUCUUUUAUUAAUUGUUAUUUUUAAAUAUAUUUCUUAUUUUAA